AUGAAGACUUUUCCAGGAUUCUUCCUCAUCUUUGCAGUCCUAAGGAGUGGUGAACCUCUGAGAUGUGAAAAAUGUUACAAGGAUGGCCUAACGUGUUCAGGAACGAAUCGCCUCUGUGACUAUCACCUUCAAACCUGUGUUGUAGUAUUAGUUGAAUACACACAUUAUGGAAAACCUCAACUGAGAGCAGUAAAAACCUGCGAGCACACAAAUGUUUGUAACACUCCUUUGCAAUAUCUGAAUAUGGGUCGAGGGAUAUAUGAACGGUCAAAUGUCAUCUGUUGUAUAGGGGAGGCCUGCAAGACUGCUGCUCCUCGAUUCCAACCAGGGUUCAUCACACCCAACGGGAAGUCCUGCCCAGCCUGCUUUGCCACUGACAUUUCUCACUGCGGAUCCGCCAGAGUAGAUUGUUCUGGAAAUGAGUUCCACUGCAUUAGUACAUUUCACGAAGUUUGGGAACACGGGUGGAUGUGUAACCCACCCCUCUGGCUUCUGGGAGAGAUCACCAACUGCUCGGUGGUGCUACAUUUGGAGCCUCCAGACAGCUAUCCUCAACAUUCCUACCUUUUCUUUCCUAAAGUCAACAUCACGGCAGGUGACAAGUAA